AUGGCUCGAGUGUCGUUCAUGACACUAGCAUCGAACGAUGUCAAAUCUUCCUCCUCGACACCUCCAUCACCACGCUCACAGCCGUCAACUCCUCCAGACAAACAAAUGUCUUUCAAACCCACUCAUCGCUAUCACCCGAAAAUGGUUCUUAAAUCCGCGAGAUCUCUCCUUUCCUGGCCCUUGUAUUGUUCAGCUCUUCCUCGAAGAAACAUUCCAUCUCAACAACGAAAACACCAUCAUCACCAUUCUCAGCAUCAGUGUUGUUGCAACCACUCAACAGAGACGACAAUAACAACGUGCCUUGACAAUCUCGAUCCGGACAGAAACAGCUUCUCAUCCUCGAAAGAAACCCUCCCAGUCAAUCCCAUGUCCAUGUCCAACUCCCCACCCUCAUCCCCUCCUCGCUUCCGCUCCAGCGCCGGAUACGGCGCCACGACCUAUCUCCCUGAAAACCCCAAAUCACCACCUCUGAGCCCAGGAGGAACUUCGGUCAUGAGAAUCGGAAGUAGCCAUUCUUCUGGCUCACAACCAAACUCCCACGCUCGACGACCUUCAACUCCCAAUAUUCCGAGCAAUCCCACCACAAUAGGAAGUUUCAGCGACAUGGUGCGACCGGUGCAUGAUAUACAUAAUCCGUAUAUACGAUUGCCCAAACCGACACCAGGGAGGGAACAUCAGGAUCCGCGUGCCGCGCCGGUACCGGGUCCUUCGGCGGGGAAUAUUGGUGGGCAGAUGUUGGGGAGGUAUUCAAGAGGUGAAGCGCAUAAAGGGGCGGAUGUGGAGAGAUUGGUGGGUUGGAAGAGGGAGGAGAUUGAGGAGAGGAGAACGGAGGAGAGGAUUGAACAGUCGUAUCGUGAUAGGUGGAAUAAGUAUCUCAAAGAACGGGAGAAGAAGGAGAGGAGGGAGGCGAUGGAACAGGAGCAGGCACAAAGAGAUAGUGCGGGUGGCUCUUCUAGGCGGAGUAAGGAUAAGUCUAGAAGGAGGUCUGAUCAUAAAUGUACCAUCAAUUGA